AUGCCCGGCGACCCGCUGGACUACAGCAGGUUCGACGCCGUCGGCGCCGAGGGCCGCGAGGAGCGGCUCGCGGCGGGCGGCGCCGACUGGCAGGAGCUGACCCUGCCGGAGAAGCGGGCGGUGCUGGCCGCGCGGGAGCGCCUGGAGAGGGCGGCGGAGGAGCGGCGGCUGGAGGAGGACGAUGGGCGCGGAAGCGCCGGCUCCGGGAGAGGCCCGCGGACCUCGCCUGGGCGCGGGGCCGUCGGUUUGCCACCUACGAGGCCUUUUUCACGGCCCGCGUGGAGGCCACGCUGA